UCGAACUAAUCUCGCCCCUCCUUGUGUGUACCGCCUGUACCCUACCGACUCUCGCUUGUCCCUCGCAUCGCAUCACCACAUCUGCACCCACCGUAAUGUCCGAGUGUACCGGCAACCCGAACUCGUGCGGCUUCUGCUCCGGCGCGCCCGCCGCGCACGACCACUGCGCGAAGGACGAGGUACGCGGAUGCGCGGCCGACCCGGAGCACUGCGAAACGUGCCGCGGCGCAGGGUGUCUCGCGACCGAGUGUACUGGAAACGCGUCAACUUGCAAGGCAUGCCAGGCGGGCCACUUCCAGUCGUGCCGCCGCCAGGCCGUGAAUGCGACCGAGGGCGUCGAGCGCGUCGCCAAGUAACCGCCCGGCCGUAUGUACGCGGCUGAGCCGCUGUUGUAUUAAUGCAUGGCACUAAACGAGAACG